AUGGAUCAAGCAGCAUCCAGCUUCCGCGCACAGUUCCUCAAUCCAUCGGACUUGUUCUCAAUUCUCUUGAUUAUUGGCGGAGAUGUCAUUGGGCUCGCUCUAGCAGCCCUCUCCGGCGGACCUAUUACUCCCGUCACAUUCUCUUUCGGAUGGGUAUCGUAUGCCAUCUCGGCGCUACUCACAGCCCAAAGCGAGGGCAACUUCAUGCCCCCGAGCCCUGACUCUUCGCUCCGGGUAAUCAACCUAAGCACGGGGUAUACUCGAUUCAACCGGUCCUGGACUUUAGGGCGAGUGUUUCAGAAUUACGAAUAUUGGAUGCCGAAAGAAGUGGAACAGCGACUGGAAAAUCACCCGGUCUUGUACCAGGAUGAGGAAGCCGGGGCCGUAGACACGGAGAUGUCAGAGAAGGGCGCGGCAACGGCAGAAAUAUACCCUAAUCCUCGCAAAUUUGUGAGCCCUCACCAGGCGCGUCUCUGCGUUGCUGUUUACGAGUGGGCGCUGGAUGGAAACUAUCCCGUGGCGAAACCUGGUUAUGACUGGGUGCAUUGGCUGGGAAUCAUCGUGUCGGUGGUUCAACUAGGCAUCGGUGCAGCACCGUUUGCCCUGUACGGAGACUGGAGUAUCUUCCUGGUGACUGUAGCCGGGACCAUCCUGGCCUACGCGUCUGGUGCGCUGCCACAGUGGCAGAAGGAGAAAUGGGCGUGUCGAAUCUUGGACAAGCGCAAGGAUGUUGCAUUGACGCUUGGUAAUGGCAUGCAGCAUGUGAUCAUGGUGCUAGGGUCAAAGGGCGGGUUAGAUUUGGAAGACAUGGCUGGGGGGCAGUUGCCAAAGGAUGGGGAGGGACGGCCACGUAGGGGCCGAUUGAUACGACUGAUGAGCCCUGGCAAUACUACACGCAUGAUGACGUUCUUCUUAACAGCGAUGUGGCUCAUGCUUCUCCUCAGCAGCACGGGAAUUCAGGACCAUGCGUGGUAUUUACUCGCAGUGGGAGGCAUUGGCAUGGUGCAAAAUCUCAUCACGGCCGGGGCUCCGCGUCAGCCGGAGAUGCUGGGGAUACCGAUCCGACUUGCUAUGCAUUCGAGCUCAGGGAACGAAACAGGCCCGAUACCAAUGGUGUUCGCCGAAUUCAAGGUAAUGCAUACCCUGAUGGAGCUCGAGUUAGACUUCAAGGGGGCUGGCCGAGCUCUGCUCCCAGAGUUCUUUCCUGGAGGCGGCGGCCUGCAACCGUGGGAGGAAAAAUGGUGGUCCAGCAAUGAACCGGAAAUUCGACGCCAGCUACUACGGGCGGCGAAAGGAAAAGAAUUCAACAAACAGAUGCGCAGGACGCAAGCUGGCUGA